CCCCCACCUAUUCCGUCCUGCCACAGUGGACCAUACGUGGGUGGGGAUCGACCAGCGGACGCUGGGCUCGUGGGAAGGAACUGGCACAGGCAGCUGAGCAGGCCCAGGCCAAGUCCUGCCACCAGAGGGGGCUGUGUACAGCAUCUCCAAGUUUGCUCUACCAGGGGGAUGGGCAGUACAUACCGGACUGAAGGGUCUGAUUACUGUGGUGUCUCACCACUAAGAAGACAAGCCGACGGGAGUCCUCUCCGAGGUAACUGUGGCCCGUGGAAGCGUCACUAUGGGCGUGGCAGACAUCGGUCUCAGUCUUUACACCUCUGGGAUGAGGAUGGAAAUGUGGAGAUGGUGGAUGUCCAGGAAGACCACCAAGUUAGACACACUCCCUAUAGCACCCAAGAGAGGAGGAGUGUGAAAUGGCAUGAAGAAAACAAGAUCCAUGUCACAGUGUGGAAGGACAGGAGACGCCUGAAGAGAGAAAUGGAGGAAAACACCCAGAAUGGAGCCCUGGGAGACUGGUUCAAGAUCUCAAUUCCCUUUGGGAGGAUGUUUGACAAGCAGUGGCUCCUGAGUUCACUCCAGAGGCGUACCAGCAUCCCCUUCACUCCAGUGGAUUUUCAUUAUGUGAAAAACCGGGCUCAGUUCUUUGUCCAGGGUGUUCACACUGCUUCUGCCUUGAAGACCGCCAGCCACAGACUUUACGAUGAGAAGAAACAGAAGAUAUCUAUUUAUGCUGCUCCCUCUGAGGUGCCUUACUCUGUAAGGAAUAAGCUGGAGGAAGAGGAAAUGAAGCAGCUAGAGCUGACCAUGAAGAGGCGCUAUGACAUCAGCAAGCAAGCUCUUGAUCUCCAGAGGCUGCACUUUGACCCAGACUUCAUGGGCCAUGGCAUUGAUAUAGUCCUGGGUCGAAGAAACUGCAUGUCUGCUGUCCUGCAGAUCAUCGAAAAGGAAUUUCCUAAGCUCUCGUCCUUGAACUUGUGUGACAACAGGCUACAAAGGCUAGAUGGGCUUUCUGAGGUGACACAGAAGGCCCCCAUGAUCAAGAUCCUGAACCUCUCCAAUAAUGAGCUGAGAACCACCUGGGAAGUGAGCAAGAUGAAAGGGCUGAAACUUGAGGAGCUGUGGCUGGAAGGGAACCCCCUGUGUGAUACAUUCCGAGACCACUCUGCUUAUGUAAGUGCCAUCCGGGAUUGUUUCCCCAUGUUGCUGCGCCUAGAUGGCCAGGAAUUCACUGCACCGAUUACCGUUGAAGUCGAAAGCUCAGAGUUGAUAAAGCCCUGCCAGGAAAGCUACAAAGGGCCUGAGGUGCUGAAGGAUCUAGUCCAGCAGUUUCUGCAGGAGUAUUACUCCAUCUAUGACUAUGGAGACAGGCAGGGUCUCCUCGCUGCUUACCAUGACGAGUGCUGCUUCUCCUUGUCCAUCCACUCCCACCAUGAAGACCCAGCCUUGGGCAGCUUGUGUGAGCUCUACAAAGAAAGCCGGAAUAUGAAGACACUCAAGGACCCUUUCCUGCGUGUUCAGCUGCUGAAGCAUACGAAGCAGGACGUUGUGCGCUCCCUCUGCCUGUUGCCCAAAACUCAGCAUGACUUCAACUCCCUGGUGGUGGACAUGUGGGUGCAGAUGAAAACCAUGCUCUGCUUUUCUGUCUAUGGGGUGUUCAAGGAAGUGGAUGGAAUAUCUCAGGGUUCUGUCCGUGCCUUCACCAGGAUCUUCAUCGCCACCCCUGGCAACAAUUCUGGACUAUGCAUCGUCAAUGAUGUGCUGCUUGUGAGAAACGCCACUGCGUCUGAGGCUCAACGUGCCUUCCCCACCCCAGUGCCAACACCCACCUCCAGUUCCCUGCCCAUCCUCUCCCAGCUUCAGCAGGAAAUGGUGCAGGCUUUCUCUACCCAGUCUGGGAUGAAGCUUGACUGGUCUCUGAAGUGUCUUCAGGACAAUGACUGGAACUACACCAGAGCUGGGGAGAUCUUCAUUAAGUUCAAGAUGGAGGGCAAGAUCCCAAAGGAGGCCUUCCAAUAACUCCCCCAACUGGACCCCUUGAAUAGCAUCUUUGUCUCCAUCCACAUCAUCUGUGUACAUCUUUGCUGCAGCCCAAGG